UCACUGGUCUUUUGAAGCUGUUGGAGCAGCUGAGAAGCAUGCUGAACACUGGGAAGUCCCUGACAGCCGGGAGAGAGAGAGAGGGUCUCCGGGUAGGAACUACAACUAGGUUACAAUGAGGAAAGCUAUUUCUUUCUUCGUCUCAAUUCCUCCCUGGAUUUAAAGAGCCGGUUGAUGUUGUUGCACUUAGCAUUGUAGCCUGACCGAUUGUGCGCUCCAGGGCGAGAACAAGCUAUAGUUGUACCAAGCUAGCUCUUUGUGGCUAACUGCUAAGAUGUGUUGUUGUUGUUGUUGAGCCGAGCAGCCUUUUCAUCGUCGGGGAGAGGAAGUAUUCAGUGGAAUUCAGUAGUAUUACACAGGAGAGAAGAGGGGAAUAUCUUUUGCAAAAGAGGAAGGAGGGAAAUGGGCAACUGUCUGAAGUCGCCGACUACGGACGACAUUUCUCUGCUCCAUGAAUCUCAGUCUGAUCGGGCCAGCUACGGAGACACAGACCAGGAGCCGCCGCCCCCUUAUGAGGCGCAGAUCCAUGUUCCUAUCUAUCACCCUACACCCAGCCAGGCCCGUCUUGCCACCCAGCUGACAGAAGAGGAGCAGGUGCGUAUCGCCCAGCGUAUCGGGCUGAUCCAACACCUUCCGAAGGGUGUUUACAACCCAGGACAGGACGGCACUAAGAAAAAGAUCAGAGAGUGCGUCAUCUGUAUGAUGGACUUUGUGUAUGGGGACCCUAUCCGGUUCCUGCCCUGCAUGCAUAUCUAUCACAUGGACUGUAUAGAUGACUGGCUGAUGAGAUCCUUCACCUGCCCGUCAUGCAUGGAGCCUGUGGACGCUGCACUGCUUUCCUCCUAUGAGACCAACUGACAAACAAGUGCCCACUGUUAUCAACACAUGCAAACACACACAAAGACACUAGUGUAACUUCCGGAAUUAGUAACAUCAGUCAAAUGUUGGAGGAAUAUUUCAGGAAGAGUGGCCAUGCCGGUCAGGAUUGCGUUUGGGAAAACAUUUGGAACAGGAAGGCAAAGUUGGGAGAAAAAAGGACUGUGAUGUCACACAAGACAAUGUCUGUCCACCAUAAUCUCGUCUUUGGAAAUACUGGCUUUGAGCUGCGCAUAUCUAAUGACAAAAGGACAGCUGCAGUAUGCAGAGAUCCCUAAUGUGAAAUGUCCGAUUGAUAGUUCUGUGGUUGUUGAACUUAAAAAAAUAUAUAUAUAAACCUCGUUUCCAUAUAAGUUGGGAAAUUGUGAUAGAUGUAAACAUAAACGGAAUACAAUGAUUUGCAAUUCAUUUUCAACCCAUAUUCAGUUGAAUAUGCUACAAAGACAACAUAUUUGAUGUUCAAACUGAUUAACAUUAUUUUUUUUGCAAAUAAUCAUUAAAUUUAGAAUUUGAUGCCAGCAAAACGUGACAAAGAAGUUUGGAAAGGUGGCAAUAAAUACUGUUAAAGUUAAGGAAUGCUCAUCAAACACUUAUUUGGAACAUCCCACAGGUGUGCAGGCUAUUUGGGAACAGGUGGGUGCAAUGAUUGGGUAUAAAAACAGCUUUCAAAAGAAAGGAAGGGGCGAGGUACAUCCCUUUGUCCACAACUGCGUGAGCAAAUAGUCAAACAGUUUAAGAACAAAGUUUUUCCAAAUGCAAUUGCAAAAAAUUUUGGGAUUUCAACAUCUACGGUCCAUAAUAUCAUCAAAAGGUUCAGAGAAUCUGGAGAAAUCACUCCACAUAAGCGGCAUGGCCAGAAACCAACAUUGAAUGACCGUGACCUUCGAUCCCUCAGACGGCACUGUAUCAAAAACCGACAUCAAUCUCUAAAGGAUAUUUCCGCAUGGGCUCAGGAACACUUCAGAAAACCACUGUCACUAAAUACAGUUGGUCGCUACAUCUGUAAGUGCAAGUUAAAGCUCUACUAUGCAAAGCGAAAGCCAUUUAUCAACAACAUCCAGAAACACCGCCGGCUUCUCUCUGCCCGAGAUCAUCUAAGAUGGCCUGAUGCAAACUGGAAAAGUGUUCUGUGGUCUGAUGAUUUCACAUUUCAAAUUGUUUUUGGAAAUAUUUGAAAUCGUGUCAUCCGGACCAAAGGGGAAGCGAACCAAUCAGACUGUUAUCGACACAAAGUUCAAAAGCCAGCAUCCGUGAUGGUAUGGGGGUGCAUUAGUGCCCAAGGCAUGGGUAACUUACACGUCUGUGAAGGUACCAUUAAUGCUGAAAGGUACAUACAGCUUUUGGAACAACAUAUGCUGCCCUCUAAGUGCCGUCUUUUUCAUGGACGCCCCUGCUUAUUUCACCAAGCCAUAUUCAGCAUGUGUUACAACAGCGUGGCUUCGUAAAUAAAGAAUGCUUGUACUUUCCUGGCCCGCCUGCAGUCCAGACCUGUAUCCCAUCGAAAAUGUGUGGCGCAUUAUGAAGCGUAAAAGACGACAGCGGAGACCCCGGACUGUUGAACGACUGAAGCUCUAAAUAAAACAAGAAUGGGAAAGAAUUUCACUUUCAAAGCUUCAACAAUUAGUUUCCUCAGUUCCCAAACGUUUAUUGAGUGUUGUUAAAAGAAAAGGUGAUGUAACACAGUGGUGAACAUGCCCUUUCCCAACUACUUUGGCACGUGUUGCAGCCAUGAAUUUCUAAGUUAAUUAUUAUUUUCAAAAAAAAAAAAAAGUUUAUGAGUUUGAUCAUCAAAUAUAUUGUCUUUGUGGUGCAUUCAAUUGAAUAUGGGUUGAAAAGGAUUUUAUAUUUACAUCUAACACAAUUUCCCAACUCAUAUGGAAACGGGGUUUGUAUAUAUUUAUUAAAUUCAGCAUAAUAGCUGUUUGGUACCCCACCCCACCUGCAUGGAAAAAAGCUCACCUAAAAAUUCUCCCAGUUUACUCUGAAAGCACAAAUGUUUAUCCCAGCUUCUAUGUGUCACAUACACAUUCAUAUAUGCAGUGAUGAAGACUACAAUAUUUGAAGAGUGUCGGAUGAAAGCCCUGUUUUUAAAAUUUUUGCACAAUACUAAUAAUAAUAAUCAACUGUAUUAUUCAUUGUUGGCGACAGUCAAACGUUGUGGCCUUAGUUACAUGUGAGUAAAGGUUGUUGUGAGCUGCUAAGGCGCUAUCGCACUAACGCCUGCAAUUAAUCACAAAGAAAUAUUCCAUUAAUCACUAAUAAGCACGGAUUGAUUGCGCAAUUUUUUUUGCUGGUUACCUGAAAGGCGGCACAGCUUUCUAUACGGGAUUUUAGUUAAUACUGUUAACAAGUUUUGAGCCAAUAUUAAUUUAAUCAUCACGUAAAGCAUUUUGAGAAAAUUCUGUGUAUGACAUUUUGACAAAAACAUUGAAUUUGUGUCAAAAUAUUAGUCUUUUAUUUAAAGUAAUUGGAAUUAGGCGAGCAAGUAUUUUAUUGCAAAUAAUUUUGAUUAAUUGAAAUUUAAACAUGCUGAUGUAUAUGGUCAUGACAUACUCUUCUUAUAUAAACCAGGAAGUUGCCAGGUGACAAGCAAAAAAAAAAUCGGACGUUUCUUUGGUCUUGGUUGAGGUCCAUGCUCUACGAGACUACUUUGCACAGUCAUCUAUGUGUAUGCAAUCUUCUUCUAGAAUAGAUUGACACUUGGAGCUCAUUUGAACUUUAUGUGAGCUACAUUGCAGCUGAUAGUGGUGCUCUUUCUAUUUAUUGCCAUAAAAAUGACUCAUAAGACACAGCUGCAUAUGAACUUGCCGAACGACUAGUACUUCUGCCCGUUUAUUUGAAAUGGCAGCGUUAACAAGUAGAAUGUUCGGUGUGUUUGUGUAAGGAUCCUUGUUAGAUAUUCCCUACUUGCAAUAUGCUGAGUGUGUUAUAACAAUAAACACUGCAACUGAACAA